AUGAUGGAUGCUAGGGUGGAGGAGACUACAAGGCAGAGCGAAAGCGGGAAAGUCUUCGAAGCAACAACAGACCUCCCUCCGACUGUUUCCUCAAUUGACGAGAGCGUUCCCUCUUCGACAAGCGACUUUUCCGCGCCUGUCAGUGACACGGGUUCUCUGGCAGGUAAAAAAAGUCUUGAAAGGGGCUCGCUGUCCCCCCGAUCUUCUUGUGUAGACAACCCGGAGUUUCCCGUGGAUCGCGGAGAGCCUGGGCAGACGGCGGAGCUUCUGCCGGACGGGCGAGCGACGGUAGCUGCGACAGCGAUUCUCGAAACGCGUAUACCAGCAGCCCGCACGGGUGAAUCCACUUUUCAUUUGUGUCAGUCUCUCGAACAAAAAGACUUGCCGCGGACCGUUUUGUUGGAGAACCCCGAGGCUCCGGUACCGGGAACCACGUCGCAGUCGCAGCCGCGAGACACCGAGUACGUUGCGUCUGUGCACACUUCAUCGGGUGUACAUACACCUGGCCCGCAGCUAGCUGGCGCCUCGCAGAGCGUGGACGGAUUGCGAGGUUUGUCGAAGCAGGAUUCCGUCGGCGACGCGAAGUCGGUUACGCGGUCUUUCCCCGAGGGUACCUCUCGGCAGUCGACUGCAGGAAGUCCGGUGGAAGUUCGCUUCCCCGUCGCGUGUGGACAGCAGGUCUCGCCAGCAUCCUCACGGUGCGCUGCCUCGUUGUCGGGAGCGGCGUCGAACGAGGACGGAGCCCCGUUUUCUCGCGCUGCGCCCCAGAUGGAGCGACUGGAGGAGAAUUGCGGAGACGCCGCGGCGACGCCGGCGCCUCUCCCCUCCGGCAGCGGGACCGGCGCCCAAGGACCUUGCUUGAUGGGAGCUAACAUGCAGAGUCCGUCUCCCAAUGAGACUCCCGAAGACGAAGCCGCACUUGCAGACGCCAACCUGCAGGCGGGGGCCCUUCCGGCAUCGACGGGUGGAUCCGAAGAGGCCUUCGGCGCGACUGCAUGGCGCAAGAACGCGAGCGACAGAGACACCUCGGGGACGCACUCGACUGGCGGCGAGAAGGAAGAGAUGAAGGAGGAGAAAGUCGACUACUUGCAGAGCGAGCGAAUCGAGGAUAACGGCGAACCGACUGCGCCGGCGAAACGCAGGAAAAAAGAGGACGAAGACGACCGAUUUUCGCUCGGCUCCACGUUCCCCGCGCCGGCGCCGCCCGCGAACGCCUCGGCGCCGUCCGCCCAGGUGAAUGCGGCGAACUCUCAACAGGUCUUUCAUCAGGGAACUGCAUGCCAUGCUCCAGGCUGGGCUCAAGCCCCCCAAGGGCCUCUCCAGGAAGAAGAACAAGCCGAAGGCAGCGACGGCCUCGCCGCGCCCCUCUCUCCGGGUCAGUCGUGCCCCCCGCGAGGCGGCGCCGUGGCGCCAGGCCGCGUUCCAGUCGCAGGUGAAAAGUAUGCUCAGUGGCUGGACGCCAUCUACACCGUCUGUUUAAAAAUUGACGACUUGUGUGCGAAGCUGGAUCCGGAGUUCCCCAACGCGAUGGCCCUCUGGGAACAGAGAGGCCCCGGCAUCGACGGCGCGAGGUCGCUCUUCGUGAACGGAGGAUGCCCCGGUGGCUACGGCUCUGGAGGCGUAGAUCCGACUCAGCGGGCCUUCGACAACAUGAAUCCAGGCGACGCGUCUCCGCCGUUUGGAGUCAUGGGGGAGUAUUCGACCGCGGGUUCCCACUGUACGGGGAUGUACUCUUUGGGCGGCGGUACGCCGGCGCAUGCGUCAACGCUCCCUGGCUCGGGCGCCUGGGCCGGGGGGGCGGGCAGCUUGAAGAAGCGGGGGCGAAAGGACCGGCCGCCCACUAGUCGGCCGGGUGCGGCGGCGACUUCUCCCCCCUCGUCGCUGCUUUCUUCGUCUCUCUUCGGGCCUCGCGGGGCCUCCGGGGGCCUCGUGCCUCUGUCGACACAGGGGGGCCAGGCCCCGCACCUCGGGAGCGGCGCGGCGAGUAUGUUGCACCAGCUGCAGGGCCGAGAUACCUCGCAGCUCCUGGGGGCCUCUUCGCUCUCCAACGACAUGUUCGUGGCGUCUCAGCGGCCUCCCCAGGGACCUGGAGCCGGCAACCUCGGCGCAGGCGCCCGGAGUUCCGGGGCGCAUGCAGGGCUCGGCGCCACGGGGGCCAACAGCGGCCACGGCGCGCAUUUUUUGCCGCACUUGUCUUCUCAGCUGAGCCCGACGGGGCGCGAGCGGGUGGACCCGGCGCCUGCCGCGGCCCCCGAGAGCGAGUACGAGUACCUUUUGCAUUUGCCGGAACAAGAGGGUCCGAAUCCGGAGAACGCGACCGACCUGAAGUGCGAUGUCGCUGGGGUCUACUGGGACAAGCGGUCGUGGAUCGCCUCAUGGUACGAGGGCGGUAAGCGGUACUACAAGUCCUUCUCUGCGAAGACCCACGGCUUCUACAGAAGCAAGUACUGGGCGAUCAAGGUUCGCCUCAGCAAGGUGCAGAACAGCAACCUCCUUGUCAACAAAGGCGCUAAAAACAAAGACCGCGGGAGCAGCGCCGCCGCCCACUCAGCCAGUGCCGGAGGGUACGGACGAAACCAAGUUGACGACUCCAGUGGAUAUCGGUGA